UCAUGGGGCCCCCGGGCAAUAGGGGAUCAUUGGGCCCCUGUGUCCUUGCCCAAACUCAAAAAAGCCUAUGAAAAAGGUACCAGGGGCAUCUCAUGGGGCCCCCUACUGACCCCCCAGGGUCUCGGGGGCAGUGCCCUAGUUUCCAAAUGGUCAGUCCGCCCCUGGUUGGCUGUUGGACUGGCUGUUAGGUCUGUGCAUGCCUUCUGAAGACCUGAACAUUAUAAAAAAGUGCAUAAAGAUGUUCAAACUAAUACGGUGCGGUACAUCACAUGUGAUUCGCACAGGAACGCACCGCAUUCCUGUGCAAAUCACAUGCGAUUUGU